AUCACCCCUUUCACUAUCGUCCCCUUCUGCACCACUCAAACCUGCUGCUCCCUCUGCAUUUCCCCCCUCCUCUCCUUCCUUCUGGACACCAGCCCUGCAGCUUCUCCGGCAAGCUGCCUCAAGAGCCACCAGCAGGCUGCAGGAUGGCUGCUGUGAUGAAGGCUCUUGCCGUUGCCUCGCCGGUCUCGGCCCGGGCACAGCCCCGUCGGUGUGUUGCAGGUACCCCUAGCCAUCAGAGCCUGCAGUCGUCCUUCAACGGCAUGUCCCUGCAGUGCCGGCCAGCGCCGCGACCGCGGCCAUGCUCCUCCCGGUCGUCGUCGGUGCAGGUGGUGAUGAUGGCGAAGCCGUCGAUCCAGUUCAUCCAGGGCACGGACGAGCAAACGAUCCCGGACGUGCGUCUGACCAAGUCCCGGGACGGCACCAACGGCGUGGCCAUCUUCACCUUCGAGCAGCCGUCGGUGUUCGACUCGUCGGCGGAGCUGGGCGACAUCACGGGGUUCUACAUGAUCGACGAGGAAGGCACGCUGCAGUCGGUGGACGUGAGCGCCAAGUUCGUCAACGGGAAGCCGGCGCGGAUCGAGGCCAAGUACGUGAUGCGCACGCCCCGGGACUGGGACCGCUUCAUGCGCUUCAUGGAGCGCUACUCCCAGGCCAACGGCCUCCAGUUCGUCAAGAACUGAGCUUGUGCCGGUGAGCUCGAUCUCUCUCAUGGCUGGACUUGGAGGUAGAGCUCGACGCAAUGGCAAUGCUCUCCGUUGCCUGCACUUCACUUCAGUGCCCCCCUUUUCUCUCUCUCUUUUCCUGACACUGUCAUGAGUUUCUGUUUGACUACAUGUUCAGUUCAGUGUAACUCGAGUGUGGGCUGGGCCGGUAAACUUGACAUUGGGCUGUGUGAUUCUGUGAUGUGUGCCUGUUAUUUUUUUUCCCUUCCCCCUCCCCUGGUGAUUUGAGUGAAUUUUUGUAGGUAAAAAUUUCUACAAAAUGGGAUGUUUGUUUAUGCGCGUUCAUACAAAUUUGCAAUAAGACUUUCUGCCUGUUAUCCUACAGGUGGUUAGCCUGAAAUAAGAAAGGACGUCUGUGGUUUGUCA